GUCUGUGCCUCCCAUCGACCUCCCCCUGGACCGCCGCCUGCCCUCCCCAGAUUGCCGACUCCUGCACUGUGAUGGACGUGCGCGCCACCGCUAUAUCCGCACCCGUUCUCCCCGCCGCACUUUGCCCGCGAGCCUCCCCCCGAUCACUCCAGCGGCGAUAAUGGACCCGAACGGCACCCAGAACACCCACAAUGGGCUGCCGCAGGCGAAGGACGAAGGCACCACGGCGUCGCCCAGCAGGAUCGCCCACACACUGACGGCGUGCUGUCGCUGUCGCACGCGCAAGACGCGAUGCGAUCCGGGCCUGCCCCGAUGCGGGCCCUGCGAGCGGACCAACUCCCACUGCGAGUACUACGAUCCCGCAAAGGGUCGCAAGAUACCCCGCAACUACGUCGUGCACCUGCAGCACAAGGUGCGCGAGCUCGAGAAGCAGCUGGCCGAGCUGGAGAGAGACGAUGCAGAGCCGGAUCCCGAGGAUGUGAUGCGCGGAGCGGCCGCUGUGCGCGUGCAGGACACCGACGAGUCCAAGUUCUUGGGCCCGUCGAGCGGCAUCACCAUCACGCGCCUGGUGAUGCAGCUAGCGAAGCAGUUCACCGACUCCAAGAGCAUCACAGAGAUCGUGCCGGAUGCGCGGGCCAAGUCUAUAAAGGCGACGUUCGACCAGGAAGAUGCAAGGCCGACCUCCAAGGUCUACCCGCUAGUAAGCGACGUUGCGGCUGAAGAGCUGCCGAAUAGAGACCUCACCAAUCUGCUCGUCGAGCUCUUCUACUGCAAAGUCCACCCCAUGUACCCCAUGUUCCACGAGCCCACCUUUACCCAGGACGUCGAAGACGUCUACAAAGGGUCGACUGACCCGUACCAGAACUUUUGCCUCCGCAUGGUGAUUGCCAUCAGCCUGCAAAAGAUGGACACGCAGUAUGCGGGGCUUGCCGAUAGCUACUAUCUGGCCGCCCUGAAGUUCUUCGAGGGGGCCAUCAAACCCAUGAACCUCAAAACGCUGCAGUGCUUCGCUCUUAUCGCGGGCUACUCUCUCCUCACUCCGACUAGGACCGCAGUCUACUACAUCAUCGGUCUUGGGGUCAGGUUAUGUCAGGCGCUAGGUCUACAUGAGGAGAAAACAAUAACAGGGGGCCCCGGUGGGCGCCCGGCCGAUCCGCUCGACGUCGACAUGCGCCGCCGCCUCUUCUGGAGUAUACUCACCAUGGAGUACGGGCUAUCCCACAGUCUCGGUAGGCCCAGUCACUUUGCCACCAGGCGCGAACACAUCGAUGUGAACUUUUGCGAACUAGUCGACGAUGAUUUCAUCACAAAAGAGGGGAUACGUCCGGCACCCCAGGCCUCCUUGAAGAAAUGGAUAGCAAUACACUUCUUCAAAAUGCGCUUGCUGCAGCUGGAGAUUCGGCGGAAGUUAUAUCAAAGGAAACGAGCAGAGCCAAAGGACGAUCAAGACCCCUGGUUUACCGAGAUGCAAGCCAAGAUGGAGGCGUGGAGAGAUACGAGCCCCGAGAUGGACGGCGGCUCUGGCCUAAACAAGGUCUGGUUCAUUGGCAGGUACAACACCAUGGUUUGCUUCCUCUAUCGUCCGUCCCCGCAGAUCCCACGACCAACGGCGCAUGCUGCGGUGCUAUGUUACGAUGCCUGCGAGUACAACAUCUACAUGACACGGAAGCAGAUCGAGACGAAGAGCGUCGACCUCACCUGGAUCUUCACACAGUCCAUCUUCAUGGUGGUCAAUGUCAUGCUCUGGACCCUUUCGUAUUCGGAAGUGCGUCGCAACCACAACCGCGACGAGGUCGAACGCCAUUUAAACGUUGCGCUAGAAUCCAUCGAACUCGCGUCCGAACGAUGGCCCGGCGUCGCCUCUGCGCUAGAGCUAUAUCACAACUUAAUCGGCGCGUGCAUGAAAAUCUAUGACAAGGACGGCGAUAUUCCCAUUGCGGCUGGCUCACCUUCAGACAGCGCCUCGGUCUUGUCCAACAGUAUUGUGGAGGGCAUUAAUAGGUCUCGCACAACCAGCCCAGCGACCGCCUCCACCGCAUCUGGCCAGCCGCUCUUCAGUUUCAACGCCUCUCAACCAAACAUCCCAGACACCUCUCCAGGAGCCCAAUCUACCUCGCUCCAUACCUCUCCGCAACAGAUGCCACCGCAGCUGUAUAUGGACACGAGCCCAAAGUCCUCUAUUGAUACGGGCAUUCCAGCCUUCAACUACACACCCACAACACAGUUUACUCCUCUUCCAACCACUUUCGCAGAGCUUCCUCAGUGGAAUCCCACGUUCUCGAUGCCACACCACGAGUCUUUCGGCAUGCCUACCGCCUCUCAACCGCUCACAUCCCCGAUAUACAACGAGAACUAUGCGGCCAAUCACGGCUAUCCUAUGACCGAUUAUCUCUACCCGCAGUGGAGUCAAGAGAGCCGGGGCUCGGGUCUGAACCAAGAACAGCAAAUGCAGCUAAUGCAGGACUUUGAGGCCAACGAGACGGGCAAAAUCGAGGAGAUGAUCCAGCAGAGUCACCAGCUAUUUCGGCCAUACGUCCAGUCGUACUGAAGUAGUGUCGGUAGCACAAACCAGACAAUGCGUGCUGACUGCUAGCACACUCCCAUCAGCAUCCGUAUCGGUCUCUUAAACCGAAAGACGCCAACGCAAGGGGUAACAAAAGCAUCGCGCUCCGAGCGUCGCCGAGAUCCACCAGCGCUCGUGAGCUAUCGAGG